AUGAGAUUGAGAUUGAAGUCUAAGAGUGGGACCAAGACCAUCACCCCUUACCCAGCCGCACCAUUUUUGGUUCUCUUGUCGCAAAUAGCUGAGAUUGAGGAGUUGAAUCCAUCUGGAUCUGGACUUGUGGCGAUCAAGCAUGGAUUCCCACCGAAGCCCAUAGACUUAAAAGACGAGAAGACCAGCACAAUUGCAGCCAAAGGCAUCAAGGAUGGAGACCAGCUCAUUUUGGAGUUCGGAGAAGGAGGAGGUAGUCAAAGUGUUUCUUCAGCAACAACCAAACCCAAGUCAAGCCAGCAGAGCCAACCAGAAAAUAAUGGAGUUGCAAUGCAGUAUUUAUCGCCAGACUCUAAUCUCUUCCUUCGUAACAUCCCUGACGACAACUCGUGUCUCUUUAAUGCCAUAGUGCAUGCAGCCAUGGUCGAUGCCCAUCCACUGGAGCUCCGUAGCGUGGUGGCAAAUCAUAUCAGAGGACAUCCUGAGACCUACACAGAAGUAAUUUUGGGCCAAGAACCUGGAAAAUACUGUGACUGGAUCAUCAAGAAGGACUCGUGGGGUGGAGCCAUAGAGUUGGAAAUCCUCGCUGAAUGGUUCAACAUCCGGAUCGAAUGCUUGGAUAUCGAGCUGUGCCAGUUUAUUCUGUUUGGAAAAGACCAGAGCUCCGCACCUAGCUAUAUCGUGUUGAUCUACAGUGGAAUCCAUUACGACUACGUGGCGGAAAAUGCGGGAGGUAAGGACAUCACCAGCUGGCCAGUGGAGAGUACAACCGUGCUUGCUGCUAGCAAGAAGCUAGGGAAAAAGCUUCAGUCUCAAGACUACGCUACUAACACCACGACAUUCCGGGUGCGAUGUUUGGUGUGCUACGAGGUGUUGGUUGGCGAAAUGGGGGCCAGCAAGCAUGCAGAAAAGACUGGCCACUAUAGUUUUGGCGAAGUCAAAUAA